GCUCGAGCUGUAACACCUCACGCAACACAACCGUCAAGCCAGUGUACUUGGACUGUACAAUGAGAAAGCUGGAUCUUGUGUUGGACUUAGCUAUGCUUGCCUCUUCAUCCCUGAAACCCCAUUGUUCUGCAUUUAUUUUCUGUCUCGCUUUACAGUCGUGCCUAGCACGUUUUAAUCUGUGCUGCAUAAAUUAAACCCAUCUCGGAAAUAUUUAUUAUUUUGGCACGCCGCUCAGAUGGACGCUGGCUGGGCACAGGGCUUCUGCCCUUCAUCAUAUCAUAUGGAAGAAUCGAGUCCACAUCUCUGUGGCUGGAGCUUUAGCAUCUCAAAGCUUAAUUCACCAUCACUUGCGGACACCUCAAUUUCCCCCAUUAUUCCAAGAUUUCAGCUUCAUAAGCUGCACAUUUACUGAUAGGAUCAAAUCAGACUGCAUCACCUAAAUGAGGUUAUUCAGCCAUGCAAUGUUCCUGGAAGGCUGUGAUUCUGCUUGCCCUGGCGUCUAUAGCAAUCCAGUACACAGCAAUCAGGACUUUCACAGCCAAACCCUUUCAGAUGUGCCCGAUCCCAAACCCUCUGAACUGUGGCCUAGGGCAGGACGCCGAGGCUUUCGAGCACGUUUGUGACGAGUAUCCCUACUUCAACUACAACUUCUCCAGAAAGACUCACAUCCUCAUCCUGGCCACCACGCGCAGUGGCUCCUCUUUCGUCGGACAGCUGUUCAAUCAGCACUCGGACGUCUUCUACCUGUUCGAGCCGCUCUACCACGUCCAGACCACUCUGAUCCCCCGCCUGGCCCACAGCCGAAACGCGGCCGACCGGCGGGUGAUGCUGGGGGCCAGCCGAGACCUUCUGAGGAGCCUGUACAACUGUGACCUCUACUUCCUGGAGAGCUACAUCAAGCCGGUGCCGUCCAACCACACCACGGACAAGCUGUUCCGCCGGGGGGCCAGCAGGGCGCUGUGCUCCCCGCCCGCGUGCGACGCCUUCAGCCCCGGCGAGACCAACAUCGAGGAGGGCGACUGCGUGAGGAAGUGCGCCUCCCUCAACCUGACUCUGGCCGCCGACGGCUGCCGGGAGAACCGGCACGUGGCCAUCAAGACGGUGCGCGUGCCAGAGGUGGGCGACCUGCGCGCGCUGGUAGAGGACCCCCGGCUAAACCUGAAGGUCAUCCAGCUGGUGAGGGACCCUCGCGGCAUCCUCUCCUCCAGGAUCGAGACCUUCAGAGACACGUACAGGCUCUGGAGGAUCUGGAGGGCCACGGGCAGGAAGCCCUACAACCUGGACCUGACACAGCUGACCACUGUCUGCGACGACUUCCUGAGCUCCGUGUCCACAGGUAUGAGUCGGCCGCUGUGGCUCAAAGGACGCUAUAUGCUGGUGAGGUACGAGGACCUGGCUCUGAACCCCCUCCAGAAGACCAAGGAGAUUUACGACUUCCUGGGACUUUCCAUGGACAAGAAUGUGGUGGAUUGGAUUCAGAACAACACCAGGGGAAGCAAUGAGCUGUUAGCGAAGCAUAAAUACGGCACUGUGAGGGAUUCGGCAGCCAACGCGGAGAGCUGGAGGCUGAAGCUGUCCUAUGACAUUGUUGAUUACACUCAAACUGUGUGUCAGCACAUUUUACAGGAGCUUGGUUACAAGACGGUCAGAUCCCUCGAGGAGCUGAAAAAUAUGUCUCUUUCACUCAUCGAGGACAAAACAUUUGUACCUUUUUAGUAACAAAGGUAAUGAUGCACAAGUAUUUUUGAUAUGUUUAUACUGUUGCCUUAAAUCAAUUCACAUUUGCACUAAAUCUGGGAGAACCCCUUUGGGGUUAUGCUAUGCCGAAAUUUUGAACAGCACAACUAAGUUAAACUGGUAUAGCUGUGAAGGGACUUCAACAUUACUAAUUAGAGUACAGAACGAUGGUCAUUUUCAAGUUGGUGUGAUUCUAACAGAUCCCAGAAGCAUCAUCUCACUUUAAAUUCUUGUAUGCUGGCUGUUGCUUUGACAAAAGUGAAUGUUGAUAUUUGUACAUUUUUGUCCCCGUAACGCUAGUGUUGCUGGGGAUCGUAUAUGACAGUCCACUCCAAUGCUGAGGUGUAUGAUAAAAAUUGUGCAAUAAAAAUGUGAAUGUUGCAGUCAACCUCAAAA